AUGACCAACGAUGAGCUGGAUUAUACGGAGCCUGAAUUUGUCGACUUGACAGAACCGCUGGAAAGCGUGGGCGAGACUUUUGACAUACGCCCUGCUGAUUGCAUGACCGACGACGAAUUCCAAGCAUGGCUUUCUUGUUCACCAAGAGCUCUACCGACUCAAGAUACACAAGAGGCGAUUGCCGAUGGUAUCGUGUAUCGACCUUCUAUGUCAUUGAAGCUCCUUGACGACUCCUUCUUUCGAAUCGAGACUAUUAGCCGCCGAAAUGGAGACUAUAUUCUCUAUGGCCGACAUCUCCUGUCUAUGAUAGAUCGCCGUGCAGAUAACUACUUGCCCAAGGUCGAAGGGGAACUGGUCUGGAUGACAAGUCUGGCUAGAGCAGUCUCUCUCAAUGAAGUUGCGGGUCAUCAGAGUAUACGAUUCACCAAUGAACGUACUGAUUGGCAGGACCAUGAAGAUCUGGUUUGUCGACUUAAACUCACCGUCCGACUGCGCGACGAGCCGCCUGUUCGUGAUCGGGAUGCAUUGAAUGCGGAUGAUCGCAUGGUCGAAUACAUCUCCUUUGAAGAGAGCGAUGCAGGUGAAGGGUGGGCGUCGACGGACUUGCGCGACUGCUGGCGCGGUCCUGGAGAGACUGUCCCCUUCGGUGCAGCAAAUGUGCCGUACGACUUGCGAUCGCGGAUAGAGGGGCCUGAAGCCGUUGAUCUGGAGGACGUGUCUCCACCUUGCUUUGAUCUCACAGGCUUGCGUGACAGGACGUACACGUUCGGUGAUGCCUACUCCGGAGCCGGUGGUGCUUCGUGCGGAGCCAGACAGGCCGGGCUGGUAAAUACCUGGGCCUCGGAUUUCAACAGUCAUGCAGUUGAUACAUACCGCCAUAACUUUGAUGAAACGGAUAUUUAUCACGCUGAGUUCUUCCAGCUGAUGACCAUUCCGGAGUCUGAAUUGCGAGUCGACAUCGCCCAUUGUUCCCCACCAUGUCAACCGUUCUCACCCGCUCACACCACCAAUAACCAGACGAAUGAUGAAAGGAACUCGGCUUGUGUGUUCACGGGUAGCGAUUUGAUCAGACGAGUACGCCCACGCAUUUUGACCAUGGAAGAAACGAAUGGUUUACACGAGAGGUUCAAGCCGGAGUUCAACCGGAUCAUUCUGAACUUCAUCCAAGACGGAUACUCCGUUCGCUGGUCGGUGCUUGAGUGCUCCUAUUACGGAGUUCCGCAGUUCCGCAAACGCCUGUUGAUCAUCGCUGCUGGCCCUGGCGAGACUCUCCCCGAGUUUCCCCAACCCACCCACUCCCUUCCGGGAGGUGGGUUGAAGUCAAUUGAGACCAUCCAUAGUACCAUCAAUGACAUCCCCCAACAUGCUCCAAACCAUGAUGUGGAGGAAGGCCUCCGACGUUGGGCAUUGCUCGGAUGGCGUCAGCCGUACAAUGGACACCAGCCCGCAAGAACCUUGACUUGCAGUGGCGGCGACUCUAACUACCACCCCAGUGGCAAACGGGCGUUCACCUGUCGCGAAUUGGCGUCUCUGCAGACUUUCCCCGUCAAUUUUCAGUUUUCCAAGUCAAAUGUUCGCCAACAAAUUGGAAAUGCGGUACCUCCCAAAUUUGCCGAAGCCGUAUUUCGGGAGAUCCGUCGAUCACUGCGUGAAACCGACGAGAAGGAGUUGCAGCAAAGGGAAGCGCGUCGGGCAUGUGACGGGAUGGGCCGAGCUUUGAGGGGGUCACGUUAA